CAACGGGCAGCAGGAGGCAAGGAAGGAUGUAGGGAGAGAUUAAAUGAGAGAAUGGCAGGGGGCAGAGAGGAAAUAGAGAGAGAGAGAGAGAUACAUAAAGAUAGACGUAGUUAAUUCACCAUAAGCAGUGAUGGCAUGCAUGCCUGGUUAGCAUAUUUUUGUGGCUGUCUGUUAUAAACACUGCCAUGGAGAAGAGAAAUGAGAAGUUGUUCUCCAGAAAAAGAAGUUUCACAUUUGGAGCUUAUGGCGGGAUUGACAAAUUCAUCAGUGGGAAUGAGAGCAGCUGUUCAGAAUCUGUCGGGCACAGUAUACUGGAUAUUUUAGAUUCCCCUUCCAGUGAGUCUAAGCCACUCACCUCUGCCCCAUCCAGCCAGAAGGUGACAGAGUUGUUUGCGAUAAUCGAAAAGCUACAGGGUAGCAGACUGGAUGAACAGCGUUGCGAUUUCCCACCACCUUUGAGGACACGGCUUUUGAAGAUUGGAGAUGGCCUACCUCUCAUCCUGCCCCCUAAAUCUGGAGGCUAUUGGAUCGACCCUCCUCUGGAUAAGCAUGUGGAGACCAGCCCUACUCUCUCACAAGGGGGGUUUGGUCUGGAGAGCUACGAUAUCAUGGAGAGAGACAGUGACGCUAAAAUCUUCCAGGAAUUCUUCCGUCACAGAUAUCAUCAUUCAUUCACUGCCUUUGAUCCCUCUCUUGGGCCCAUAGUUUUGUCUGUUUGUCUUGAAGAAGAGGAAAAUCGCCUGAGAGUCAUUCUGAGGAUGAAGGAGUGCUCACUUCAUGGGACAUUCUCUGCUUCACUCUUUCAACACUUCCCCACAGCUGUGGAGCUGGCAAAGAUGCUGUGUUCAAGUGUCAGCGUGUCGUGUUUUGAGGCUGUGAGUUACUUAAAGGCCCCAGAGCUCAUAAUGGCAUUUGAUGAACACAGAGUGUCUCAAAACUUUAAAUUUGGUGUCUUAUAUCAGAGAGAAGGACAGUUAACAGAAGAAGAUAUUCUCAGUAACACUGAAGAAAGUGAGGAGUUUUUGGAACUUUUAUCAAUACUAGGGCAGACUGUCAAACUGCAAGGAUUCACUGGUUUCAGGGGAGGACUGGAUGUGUCUCAUGGCCAGACAGGAACUGAAGCAGUUUUCACCUCAUUCCAUGGAAGAGAGAUUAUGUUCCAUGUUGCCACUAAACUACCCUUCACAGAAGGGGAUAAACAGCAGCUGCAGAAAAAGAGACACAUUGGGAAUGAUAUUGUGGCUUUGGUUUACCAGGAGGGUCACACCCCCUUCAUCUCUGAUGUGAUCAGAUCCCACUUCCUGCAUUGUUUCAUUGCAGUACGGAGGAUAAAGAGAGAGAAUGAGGGAGAGGGAGGAGAUGGAGGGUCAUUUCAGGUAUCUAUUACUGCUAGGGAGGAUGUGCCCCCAUUUGGCCCACCUCUUCCUACACCUCCUAUUUUUACUGAGGGUUCAGUUUUGAGAGAGUUCCUCUUGACCAAGCUUAUAAAUGCUGAAAUCUCUUGUUACAAGGCUGAGAAAUUCAGUCGACUGGAGUUGCGCACACGUUCGUCUCUCCUGGAAGCACUACGAUCUGAACUUUCUUCCCGUUCCCAGUUCAUGUUAGGAGAGUCAUCACAGCCCAGCAUCCCCCUCACUGAAGGGGGCAGGAGUGCUCCCGAGGGUGGUGGAGGAUUCAUUGAGAACUUUAAGAGAGCUAUUAGGGUGCGUAGCCAUUCUUUCGAUACUUUGGGGGUACCAAAGAAGACUGGUGGUGCGGCAGAGCAAAGGCCAAAGAAUUCCCAUGGUUUCUUUUUCUGGCUUCUGAAACGCUGGAAAAAGGACAGUGAAGGUGACCAGACAAGCAGGACUGACAAUGUGGUCUACACUGAAAUGAAAGGUCAAACCAUUCCACAGGAUGACCUAUAGGCGAAGAUGAGCCACUAUUUCUGGAGCUAAAGCGCCAAAAAAAAAAAAAAAGAAUCCUCUGCUGCAGACUUGAAACUGUGUACGCACACUUGUACAGUGCUUUGCACGGUCUUGUCAAUGAAUAGCAAGUUGUUAGAACUAGGUGAUUUGAAGAGGUCUAGUUGAUACUGCUGCUUCUAGAACGAUUACCCUAUGGGGUAUGAAUUGAACAAAGAUCCUCAAUUCAUCCUAUUAAAUGUAUACCUAAUAUAUUGGUUUCAUUUGCAAUGGCACCACCAAUAAAUUGGUCCACCAAACUUUUUUGUAUUUUCAUUUAAUGUGCCAACGGG